AUGGCGGCGAAAGGCGCUGCUGGAGGCACGGCACAUGGAGUGCCGCUUGACACGCUAAAAGACUGUCUCCAGUUCCUAGAGUGGUUGAACGGCCGAAACGGUCAAAGGAGCCAUGUGGUAACUGGGAUUGUUCAAGAGUUGAGACCUUAUUAUGGAUCUAACUCACAAUUCAAGGGGCAAUUACAAAAUCGAUAUGUUAAUUUCAUAAAAAAUGUCGACAGUCUACAUAAGAAAUUGUCAUUUAAUGUAGGUACUACACUGCGCCCUUAUGAGGUUACAUUGAGGGAUCCAAAGCUUAUUCUGGACGCUCUUUUAGAAUGCACCCCUAAGUUACUUGCUGCGCUUUCUUUCAUACAGUAUCACGUGGAUGGCGCGUUUAGCGGUGUUGGAGGUGGGGAUUGGGCUUCACAGUCUCCUAAUUCCGGAGAUUUUCGGACGUUUUUGACUACUGGGAAUUACAUUCUUCGUGGCGGGUUCAGUGACAAAGAGCUUAGUAGUGUACAGGGUAGCACACUAGUAGAGGAUUUAAAAACAAUUUUAAAUAAAUACGGUGCUAGAGGACAUCCGGUGCAUGAUCAUUUUCGAAAUGUUAUGUUGAUAACCUUGGCACGACCGUUAGACCCUGUGAAUACCGGGAACGCCGUCUUUCUUCUGCCCGUAUUUUGCGAGUUGGUGAUUGGUGACCCUGACGGCAAUAAGUACAAAUCGUCUGUGGAAAAAGCCAUUGGAACUAAUACAAUAUGUUGGACAGAUUUAAAAGAUCAUUGUCAACUUCUGAAAGAACACAUCGAUCAACUGACGGCCGCAGGAUUUUCUGCUACCGGUAUAGCGUUUAAACCUAAAGAGCCUGUUAAAUUUGUUACAAAGGCCGCCGAGUGGUGCAAAGCGAACUUGUCAAAAACCGCAAGCGAAUUAGGUAAAAUGAUACCGCAGUCAAUUUAUUCACGCAGCACUGAACUGCAACCAUUUGCCAACGAUAAACUCUAUCCUCAUGGAUUCAUUUUCGACGGCAGUAAACAGAGAGUGUGGGCCAAGCCAUCUAAAUUAGAUGAAUGGGGUCCUAUAUUUCAAAAGUUCAUCCAGCUAGAUGUACUGCUUAGGAAACUUAAAGAUAUUUUAGAUGGUUAUGAAUGCGGCGCUGCGCCCUUGGUCACCAAUGCCAGGGCGGUAGAGCCAACUGCCACCAAAACCGAAGCCACUAAAACCGAGGCUGCCAAGCCCGUGGUCACCAAAGCCGACGCUACGAAGCCAGUGCUAAAAAACGCGGGGUCAUCUCCGAAUCAGAAUAAUGGUCAAAGUGAACGAAAGCCUACAACUUCAUCAGUCGUCACAUCUUCAUCUAAGCAUCCCGGUGGUACAGGAGCGCCAGGAUCGACAGGGGCUAAAGGUGAGAAAGGCCCCCUAGGGCAUCCUAGUACCGUGUAUACAACAUCUUUUCCGCCUCAAAAUAAUGUUCAACGACAGUCUCCAGCACAACCCCCUCCAGCCACUCCCCCCCGUGCUCCUGCAGGCCCUGCCUCCCCUAGUAAGCCGGAUGGCGGGGGUAAAGGUUCACAGGGCGAUAGUGCGGGCCCACAACCUACUUCCUCUACGUCUUCCGUACAACCUCAGUCGCCAGGUGUUCAACCUCCAGGUCCUCAGUCACCUGGUGCCUCUAGCAAUGGUGGUGGUACGGGCCUGGAUGGUAAGGUGCCUAUUAGCACCACUCAACGAAGCGGUCAAGAUACGUCGCAAACUUCCACCACCGCUGCUGGUACAACAUCCUCUGGCUCGUCGUCUGGUGCGGGUGGCGGUGGAGGGAGUUCACAGAUUAAUGGUGCUCCAGGUUCACAGCCUGAUGCUUCUUCAGAAGCUACUAUUACCCAACUUUCAAGUGUUCAAAGUCCAGACUCUGUGCCAUCUGGUGCCACUGGUUCCGAUAGUGGUCCGGACCGGGGUGUCCAGAGGUCUGCUGCUGACCCUAUUCAACAACAUACUCAAGUGAAUCCGACUGGUACAGGCAUUGUCAGCACAGCAUCUGCUGCCACGGAUUCGACUUCAACUGCCGUUGGCAGUGGAGAUGGAGCUGGAAUGGGUGGGAGGGGAGCAGGGAAUGGGCAGCCUCAGACCACAGUUGCAAUAAAAAAAAAUGCGCCGGCAUGUGAUGCCAAUUUCCUUAUGAAUUAUAAGUCCGAUGCUGAGCCACCAUGCCAAGUAAUUUCCAAUUUACGGAGUCGCACUUCUCCACCGACGUCAUAUCCAGCCUUUGACAGAGCGUGGGAGAAAGUCCAAGAGAACGAAUUACAGAGAAAGUUGGAUGCAAAGCGUCGCCAACAGGUAGCUCAACUUGGGCGUCACACUCCCAUUCGCCACGUACAACGACCUACUGGCCCUUCCUCUCUGCCCAGCGGUGGCCACACUGUUAACCAGCGUCCGUACUUUGUUCCAGGAGGAGGUCCUUCCAGACAGGUGAGUGAAACUCUACAUGUAGAUUUACCAUCUCUGGAGGUCAGCGGUGACGUCGUCGACAGCAAGCCUUCUAAGGAGAUAGAAGAUAAAUUACGUAGAAAACUGAAAGCCGAAGAGCAGGUGAAAUUGUGGCAAUGGCAAGCUAAAAAAGAGGGUGAUUCGUAUGACAAAAAGCUACUUAAGUCUGACAUUUAUGUUUACGGGUCAGAAGUAGCCGAUACCGGCACUUCUGUGCUGGGUGAUAGCGACGUGGGGUUAAAAGGCGAAUUUAAAGGCACGCCUUUGCCACAUAACUCUGACCAUUUAUUACCAAAGCAACACGCGGCCGACAGAUAUAAGUCUUACCUACAGCAUGGUACAAUAUCGGAUGGAUAUGCAAUUAGGCCUCCUAAGACACAGCGCCGUACUGUGCACCCACUUAAACCACCCAAACAGUAUCCGACUGCGCAACCGACAUCGAAUAAACCUAAAAGUCUGUUAAAUCCGUAUGACCUUAGCGGGAUAGUAUUGGAACCGAACCAGCAAGGUAAAAAGAAUGUUCAUGGAAUUACGGGACAGCAAACCAAGGACAACAACAUGCCUCUUCCACUUUCUUUCUUCAUGGCUGAUGGUAAACCAGUCGCAAAGCCUCCCUCUGAAAAAUGGAAGCCCAAGACGGUUGAACCGAAUGAUAUUUACACAAUGCUAGAGAAGGACGUACAAGGCAAUGUAUUGCCAGCAAUACCGGACAUCCUAUCUAAGCCUAUUCCGGACCCGAAGCGAAAUAUGCGCAUGCCCAAGCUAGACAAUGAUAAGCGAUACACGGCUCAUACGGGUAAAAAGGAUUUUGUCCAACGAAAGUCCCAAUCUCAAAUUGGCUACUUCGACGAUCAUCCGGGCGUCAUGAUCGAUCCAGGCAUAUGCCCUGCGUCUUACGGUAAUUACGUCCUACCCGUCGGCGUAACGAUACCGCCCACAGAUAGUUUCAACCCCCCGCCACGGACCGUGCGACAGAUGCUGUGCUGGCUGAGCGAUCUACCAAGUGCGCCAAGUUUUGCUGUGCUGACGCAGCUCGUUGCGAGCUUAUUUGACAGCUCUCACAAUAUCGUCGCAUCGGAAACGUUCUCGGACAAUGAUGUUAUCAGCAGUAUGUACGAUGCGUGUGGCCACGCUAGCUCUGUUCUUGGUGGUAUACAGGGGUCCAGUCCUGCUGACAUGUCAAAAUUCCACUUUGAAAGAUACGGCGUUGCCCUUAUGCACUAUUCCGAAGACCCUUAUACCCUUUUGUGUCAGUUGCUUAGCUAUGUCUAUGCAGCGUACCAUCAGUUAUCGUUCCUGCGCACGCAGUGCAGCCGGGACACGCAUUCAGGUGGAUGGCGUGACUGUCAGUACGGUAAAAAUGUGAACUUUUCUGAAACAUGGCAGUGCACUAAAUUCCCCGCAGACAUUGUGAAAUCACAUCAUCAUGGCUGCGAUCCAUCUCCUCUGCAAGGAUUUCUAACUGAUCAUCUAGAUCUGUCAACCUACCGGUAUGAAAGGGAUAACAUGUGCCGGCGAAGCCACAUUAAAAUGGGUUUCCAACACACCGAUCUCCAAAGCAAAUCUAUGCAUGGGUUUUAUAUAUACCAGUUGCUGAUUGGGGCAUGCUAUACGUCCGACCCACUGGAAAACCUUUGCAGAUAUCUUGUUUGCCUCACCAGGCGGACGCCGAGGACGACAGGGGAGCUUGUGUCGUACUUCCAUCAUUUCGGUAUCGAGUUACACGGGUAUGCUUCAGAUGGAUUGUCUCCACUGGGCACUGCACUCACGAAGUCAUAUGUCGACUGCCCCGACUGGGACCAUCUUGGUCGCCACGACCUUGUAGCCGUCAAAGGCAUCCGUGGUUCUGAGUCUCUCAUAUCCAAAAACAACUCCAGCCACGACAAUGCACAUCCCCGUACCCUGUCCACACUGGUUGGCUGCAGCGGUGACCCUGCCAACUGCCAUCCACGUAUAUCUCCCAUCACGUACCGGGCCUACGCCCUGUACUCCCAGAGCUUCGCCCACACCUACCUCAGCUGGGCGGUGUACCUGCCGGACAGACUGCAUGAGUCACUUCAAAAGCUGUACUAUGAACUCAAGAAACAUGACAGCAGCAAGUGUUCAUCCCUCCACCUGUGUUCCACUGCCCUGCCCCUCCUCUACUUACACGGGUUCACGCCACCGGAGGGCAAAUCGCAGCCGACAGUCACCUGCUCUGAUGUUAUAACUAAGCUGCAGGAAAUUGUAAACGGCAGGCCUAUCGCAGAUUUUAUUUCCGCCAUGGACAACUUCCUCUACGGUAUCCGGGAGCCAUUCAUCUUCACUAUCGUCGCACUCUGGUCUCUCGCAUUCCUCAUCUUCGCCAACACGAUGUUGUACCGCCUGGACGUGCUGCGCAUACGAUCACACCUUAUCCGCACCAAGGCUUCCCACCACAUCGACGUCAAGGCCUUACUCACGAAAGGCCGGAAGAUGCUCUCACUUUACAAAGACGUCGACUACUUCGACGAAGACCCUAUUGGUCAACUUGUUAUUCGAUAG